CCUAUCGGAAAAAAAUUUGAAAAAAAAACAUACAACGAAAACUCCAUUGCUCUUAAUUGUUUGAUUAAGCCGUUGUUGAUCCUGAUUAACAAUGAAAUCUUUUGAUAAGCCCCCAAGAUGGAAUUUCUUUCCAAUGGCAGCCACAGUAGUUCUCUCAAUUUUAUUCUUCGGAUUCUUCUAUUACAAUCAAUACAUAAAAAUCACUCGAUUCACAGAUUUCAAUCAACAAGAGCCCUUCCAUGAAUCCUCAAAUUCAACCAAUGUUUUGCCACUAGAAGAGUGUGAUAUCUUCACAGGAGAAUGGGUUUUCGAUAACACUUCAUCACAUCCUUUAUACAAAGAAGAAGACUGUGAGUAUCUCAAUAACAUGGUGACUUGUUUGAAGAAUGGAAGGCCUGAUUCUUCGUACCAGAAAUGGAGAUGGCAGCCCAGAGAUUGCUCUUUGCCAAAAUUUGAGGCAAAAUUAUUUCUGGAGAAACUUAGAGGAAAGAGGCUUAUGUUUGUUGGGGACUCCUUAAAUUUUAACCAGAUGUUGUCUAUGGUUUGUAUUGUUCAAUCUGUCAUCCCACCUGAGAAGAGGAGCAUGAGCUAUGCAACCUACAUCACUGUUUUUAAAAUGGAGGAUUAUAAUGCUACAAUUGAGUUUUACUGGGCACCCUAUUUGGUUGAGUCCAAUGUAGACCCUCCAAAUAUGAGGGAUGGCACAGUGGAUCCUAUAGUGAAGCUUGGAUCAAUCUCAAAACAUGGACAAAACUGGGAAAAUUUGGAUUAUCUCGUCUUCAAUACAUUCAUUUGGUGGAGGUACCCCGUCGUGAAAGUACUGCAACGAGGAUCAUUUGACGAUCGGCCGACGGACUAUAACAAGAUAGAUCAGAGUGUAGCAUAUGAGAAUGCUUUGAAUUCAUGGGCCAAAUGGGUGGGAGAAAAUGUUGAUCCCAAUAGGACUUCAGUGUUCUUCAUCAGUUCGGCUCCACAACAUAAUAAAGGCUCUGCCUGGAAUAACACGCUUGGGAUCCAAUGUUCGAACGAGACGAUGCCGAUUCUGAACAUGUCGACGAUCGACGUGGGCACAAAUUGGAAGCUUUUCGAAACUGCAGAAAAGGUCAUUCAAUCCGUAAAAGUACCCGUUCAUUUCAUCAACAUAACGGGGCUAUCCGAAUACCGGAAAGAUGCACAUACAUCACUCUAUUCGGCUCCCGGCGGCAAGGUGCUGACCAAAGAACAAAAAACUGAUCCAGCAAGAUAUGCAGAUUGUGUGCAUUGGUGUCUGCCUGGAUUGCCUGAUACAUGGAAUGAGUUGCUAUAUACACUUAUCUUACACCAGACUUGACUUAGAUGCCAUGAAUCUGUGAUUGAAGAAGAUUUUCAAUUUUUAUCAA